UCUAUUUGUAUUACCACAAAAAAAUAAAGAAAAAUGAAAAUGAAUCAUCAGAAUAAUCAACGACUACCAAAAUAAUCAUUAGUGACAGCCCUGAGUGAAAUACAAAUCAAUUCCUGAAAUGCUGAGAGCUCUUUUCAAAAUGAGGCAGCAAAGGUUCAAUCAAACACUACAUCAGACAUCAGGGCUGAGCAUGUUAUAAAUGUGGACUCACUGAGUGUCUGCUGAAGUUUAGGUCUCUAUAUCUUCACUCGCGCGACGCUUUUUACUGCGCUGUGACGUCACACAGGCGGCUCGCGGAAAUGGCCGAGCAUCCACGGAAAAACACGAGCUGUUCUCCAUUAACUUUAACCGAUUAAAACAUCGAUUGAGAUUCUGCACGAUGUCACUGCUAGUCGUUAUACACACAAAUCCCAUCUGAAUUCAUUGUAUGUGUGGAUUAUUUGGUUUUAUUUUAAAAAAUAUUCUAAGAAGCACACACAACACAAAAUUUACCCGUUUGUUUCUGCACUGUUACACAUUUUCCUGUGUUAACGUUAUGACGGCCGAUGAAUCUCUUACAUCCUGACUUUAAAUAAAUAAGCAUAUGUUUAGUACGUUUAAACUGCAAGAUUGUUACCUUGUUAGAAAACAAACUCUGGUUUUUAAAAAAUGCGCUCGUGACUCGCGCUCUGUUGAGUUCCAUUUUGGAACGUUCGUGCAUCGCGAUGACGUCACUCGGCUGUCCCUUGUAAGCGCGCGCUCGCAGACUGCCUUCACACAGUUAACUUGUGUUUAAGCUGAGCGUUUGUCAAGAGUUUGCAGAUAGAAAAUCUACAUACGAAAGACAGAAACACACAGUGUACAGACAGACUAAAGUCUACACAGAGUUUGUCCUCUCUCAGUCUCAGUCUCAGCAUCGCGAUGUGCUCAGCAUCUGAGUCCGUGUGUAAUGAGACAGAAGCGGCUGCGUGGCUGGAGAACAUCAGCUUCUGCAGCGGCUUCUGUCUCUGGAUCGACCAAGAGCUGAGUAUCGAUUCACUGCCAGCUGACUCACAGCAGAGGGCUUCAGCAGCAGAAGCAGAAGCAGAAGCAGUGAGUGCACAGCCUUCUGCUGAGAAAAGCCCAACAGAAAUUCCUACACGAGGCAACAGGAGGAGCAGAAUCCAUGCGUUCUUCAAGAGAGCGUGGAAGGCUGUAAAGAAGCCGUUCCUCCACUGCAGACGGACAAGAGAGGAGUCUGGUGCUCCACAGCGGUCUGUCCCGGGUCCCUCUGAGCUCCAGAACGUGCCUGACACCGAUCCAGCGUCUGUCCCAGAUCUCGCCGACUGGAGGCCAGCUACCAAAUCUUUGUACCAGUUAUACACAAUGCAAGAUUUGAUAGGAACGGGAAGCUACGGCAAGGUGUUCAAGGCAAUCCGAAAAUCUGACAGCCAAGAGGUUGCCAUCAAAAGAAUGAAGAAACGGAACAACCGCUGUUCUCUUCAAAUUCCUGGUUGCUCCAGGCCUCUGGCUACAGAAGUGGGGCUGAUGCUGAUGUUGAGACGUCCUCCAGUGUGCCCCUACAUCAUAGAAAUGUACGAGUGGUUCGAUCAGCCGCUGAUCUUCUCGCCGUUCUGGAGUUCCCUCAACCGUGCGUGUCCUUGCGAGAGUUCAUCAAUGAUUCGUCAGGACUGA